GUGGACGUACUUCCAACUUCAAAGUGAAUUUAUAUACAGCUGACAAUAUCAAGAAUCAAAUUCAGUGUGAAAUAACUGAGUACUGUAUUUGGUCUGUUUUGAAUAUUAAAUUGAAUUAUGAAAGCGCGGUGUUUGCGGCUACAAAUGUUGUAAGACGAACGGAUCCUUCUUUGGACUUGAAACAAGUGGGACCGAAACAAUUUGGGCACAGUUUCCACAGAAGUCGUGGUACCAGUUGUAUCUGUGUAUGGGACUACUUGGUAUUUGUAAAAGGAAUAUAGCAGAUGGGAAUGCAUACAAUUUGAAUUGAAAUCAGUCUUUAUAUUAAUUACUAAAUGGCUUCUGAAGUGGUGAGUUUACUUAUUCGGAAAAUUCACAUCCGGGAACAUCUGGACAACAAACAAAGGGUUGAAAAAUGAUACAAAAACUUGUACAUUUAGUUGCCCUUUAUGUUCCUGGCCUUAACUUAAAAGGGAAAAAUGAGACAGAGACAAAACAGGUUAUGACAAAUGAGACUCAAGAGUUAAGGCACUACCAUCAAUGCUACAAAUGUGUCAUAUCAAGUCAGUGAAUAGAAAACAUAAUAAAUCAAUGCCAGACAUGGAAAUGAGUGUGAUUCUAAAGUAAAGGUCAACAUAGAAGGUAUGGAAAUCACAAGAAGAGCAAUAACAUGCAAAAGGAAGAGAAAGGUAAAGUCUCUACCAGAUGACUUUGUAGAUCCUUUUGAAAAAGAAGUGUCUAAGUCUGUUGGUAGUCAGAAUGUUAAGGAGGAGGAUGAACAUCCAUUUGGUGAAGAAAAAUGGAUGGAGAAAACUGAAAUGGAAGAUGUGAUGCAAAGAAAUGACAAUGAAUUCAGUGGAGAAAAAGAAGCUAACAAAGAUGUCUCUGAUGGUAAUGCUUACAAGACAAAAUAUAAGCGUGCCAAACAACCCAGUGCAAAGAAGGACAGUAAAUCUCAAUGUUUAAAUGGUAAUGAUAUACUUUUUCAAUGCACAAACAAUAGUUGUAAUCAGCAGUUCAAACUUACUUUGAAAAGUAAACAUAAGCACAAAGGUACUGACACUACCAACCUAAAGAUCAUUGGCUGUGAGAUUUGUACAACAGAGUUUUCUGGCUUGUCCCAUUACAAAGGCCAUUUACAAUCUGCACACCCACAUUUUGUUGUAACCAAGGCUCUUCCUAUUGGUGGAGAAUUUUUAGACAGAAAAACAAAAGAACGUAUAGACUUAUACCAGUGCACAAAGUGUUCAUUCAUGUGUACUCAUUUACCCCUGCCUCCCCACCCCUGCAAGAGAGAACCACUGAAAUAUGUCUGCCCAUAUUGUAAGGUUGAAGAAGAUGAGUUUGAAACAAUGUUGCAGCACAUAGCCUGUGAACAUGAGGACUGCCACGAUGAAAGGCAACACAAAUAUGAAACAAUGAGGAAUAAUAGAAAAGAUCUAGCUUACUAUGUGAAAGAAUCAGAAAUGCAUUGCCAUUGGUGUAAGACAGCAUUUGAUUCUUCGGGGACCCUGAAAAAGCACCUCAACUUUGAGCAUGCCAUCCACCGGUACUGCUGCGGUCUGUGUAGAGAGGCGUACAGCCGCAGGUCGGCCCUGAUGAAGCACCUGUCCUCCCAUUCCCCGAGUGUAAGAUGCCCGCAGUGUGGGCGGGGAUUCCGCUACCAGAGCGACCUUAAAGACCACAUGAACACACACAUGGAGGAGAAGCCUCAUCUGUGUGGAACUUGUGGGCUCAGAUUUGCCUCAGAGAGGACACUGAAGCACCAUGCCAUGUUCCAGCACAGUUCCAGCGACAUGGAGGUCGUUGAGAGUUCUGUGGCUGGAGCCGGCAACAGCGUGUUGUGUGAGAUGUGUGGGGAGGCCUUCUCUUCUCAGCACAGACUUAGGCAGCACCGACUACAACACCUUGACAGCCUGCAGCUGAAAAAAUGUCCUCACUGUCUCAUAGAUGUUCGAAGUAUGAACAUGGCCGGUCACGUAUGUCCUGAUCGUAUAAAGAACACACAUUUUAAAAGGAUACAAGCACCUGAGGAUGCAGAUGAUCGCAAAAGAUUGAUGGACAGCUUGAUCAUUUCUAACGAUUCAUUUCCAGAUGGUUUCAAGUUUGGGUGUAAAUUGUGUCAAAAACGAUUCCGGACCAAAAAAUUUCUCUUAUGUCAUAUAAAAAGAAUACACUUGAUUUUAAAUCAAAAUCAGGAAAAACUGUACUGCGAAAAGUGUGAUAAGGCAUUUAUUUACACGCAGCAGUAUCGCGUUCAUAUGCGGUCCCACUCUGAUUGUAAACCCUUCAAGUGUAGACUGUGUAACAAGUAUUUCCGACAGCGUGCUCAUGUGCGAGACCAUCUCAUGUCUCAUAGCAAGGGGAUACACGAUUGCCGCUACUGUAAAACCAAGUUUAAAUGUCACACCUCCCUUCGUGAACAUGUCAAGAAACAUAAUCUCCAGGCAGUGUUUCGGUGUAUGAGAAAGGACUGUAACAUGAGGUUUGAGAAGUUCACCUUUUUUCAGUUCCAUUUGUCGAAAUGCGUUAAUAACUAUUACAGAGAGAGUAAAAACAUUCAGUUGAAAUGCAAAAAUUGUGGUGAUUGUUUUUCUACCAUUGACUCAGCUGUAGAUCACAUGAAGGGGCAUACAAGUACAGCUGUAUCUGUUUACUCGUGUCCAAAGUGUUAUGCCAACUUUGAAUCUUUCCAGAAACGUUACUUUCACAUGGAUAAAUUCAACCAUUUCGAUGACGAUGAUAUCAAAGCUGUUCAAAAAACGUGUAUAGUUAAAGAUAUAGUCCAGAAUGAUAUGGCAUUUAAACACGUACCUCCAGUUUAUGAAGGAAGCACUGUUGAUCUGAUCAAAAUGUAUGACUACUGCCCAGACCUGGAUAUAUUUGGAACCCUGGAUGCUGAUGUGCAGACAAAAUUCAAACAAUGCGAGGAGAAAGAUUUUGCCGCCAAUAUAAACUUUGAACAAGCACGAGAUUUGGACAAGAGAGUUUCUACAAAUACUGAGGUCCAGGAGAUAGCUUUGGCUACUGAUGAGCUAUCAAGUUUCACUCAAGCUGAGAAUAUUGAAACAGAAAAUGAUGCUCAUAUUCAGAUACAAACUGAGAUAAAUGACGAUAAACUGUACGAAGGUUUUGAAAAUACCAGUAAAAGUAUACAAUUUGUUUUACACCAGGAUUCUACAGGCCAAAAUUACUGCACAGAAGUACAAGAAGUUGCUGAAACAGAAAUUGAUACUACAGCUGAAGCGAAGAAUGAACAAGCAAGUUAUAAUUCACACAUCAAUUUUGUAGCCACAGAAACAAGGAGGAUAACAUCCAGUAGUAUUGAAAAUUAUCAUAUUGAUCAAACACGACAUCAAAAUUAUGACAGUACUGAAACAGAAUUGUGUCAGACAACUGAAGCUAAGUGUGAACAAGCAAUCUGCGAUCCCAUCAGUUUAGUUACAACAGAAACAAGAAAGGUGGUAUUGAACGCAGCCGGUGAGAAGGUGAUGUUGAUUAAUGAGAGUGGCCAAGAGGUGUCCCUGGAUGAGACUGUCAACCAGGCCGUGCUGCUGAAAAUGGGCUUUACAGUGGUGGAUGAGAUGAUAGGGCAGGGUACAGGGGGUGGGGGCAUUCAAACGGAAGGGCAGGAGGGGAACACACAAGGGGAGGUUCUUUAUGAUGACGGGGUUGACAUUCAGGCGAGUGGCUGGGCAGGGCAGGCUGUAAAAAGGGGGACGGGGAGCAGUGAGAGAGGCAUCUCCAGGGAUGCCACUGGGUAUUCUGUUGGUGUAAAAUCUCAGAGUUCAUACACAGUGAAGGAGUGGGUUACAUACACAGAGCAGGAUGCAGCUGUUGGUGGUAUUCCUAGUGAUGGGAAUGGAUCCAUUAUGAGUAACAUGAAAACUGUUCGAGAAAAAGGACAACCCAGUUCAUCUUUGGCUGGAAAAGAGACCAAGCCAAUUACAUGUCAUGAAUGUGGCAGGUCUUUCCGCAAACCAUAUGAUUUACGUAGACAUCAGAAUACCCAUUUACCAAAUGCAUCCAAAAAUGUCCACUGUAACAAAUGCGGAGCAGGAUUCUUCAAUGAGAGACAACUUGAAGUCCAUAUAAGAAAACAUACAAAUGACCGCCCAUUUAUAUGUGCUUACCCCAACUGUGGGAAGGCUUUUAAGCAGCGAGGUCAUUUAUUUUCUCACAAAAAACUUCAUGAAGGGCAGAGAGACUUUGUUUGCCAGUACUGUGAUGUCACGUAUGUUCAACAGUCUCAACUCAACAAGCAUAUAAAGCGGAAACAUUCGGGGUCUGGGAAAUUUGCUUGCAGUAUGUGCGGUGCAACAUUUGCAUUUGAGCAGGAAUUACAGACGCACAAGGUCGAGCACCUCGACUACGAACAGCAAACCUCGAUAUUGAAUCAGUUUUCCAUUGAUACAGUGGACAAGAAAAGUGUCGAGAAACACCAAUUGAAGACACAAGUUAGAGAAAACACAAGGAAACAGUCAAAUAAUUUUAUGUGUGAUGAAUGUGGAAAAUCGUUUUCCCACUUCAAAACACUGUCUGGACACAUGCUUACCCACCGUGUGGAGUCAGUGCGAUGUAAGAUGUGCCUUAAAUAUUUCCCCUCAGAACAGUCCCUACAGGCCCACAUGAAAUAUCACCCUGCCUUCUACCAGUGCGAGCACUGUGGCCAGAAAUCCACCACCCAGUCCCAGUUCCGCUACCACCAGAGAACGCGCCACACUGGCCUCGAUAUGAAGUGUGCACACUGUGAGAGAACUUUCCAUCUCAAACAUCUCUUCCUGCGCCAUGUGGCAACUUGUCAGGAAGGGGAGUUUGAAAAUGUGGUUAAUAAAACUACCAAUAGACAAACACUUACUGAAAACAAUGAUACAAUAUAGGCAUGUAGUAUUAAUAUGAGAUGUGCAUCCCUUUUUAACCAAUUAUUUUUCACAUUAUGAAAUAUGAAUAAAUAAAUCAAAAUAUGUUUACCAGUUAAUAAACAAGCACAUGUAUUUGUAUAUUUCAAAUUUAAUAUUCAUUUAUUUUAGGUUGUUCAUUGUUAAAUUUAUUUGUUUAGAGGGAGUUAAAAUUCAUGGUACAAUUUCUGUUUUGUUCUAUUUAUUAACGUCACAAACUUAUUUGUGUCUUUAAAUAUUAGAUACAUGUACUUUUAAAUUUUACAUGCCAUAACAUUUUAAAGCUGCACUCUCACAGAUUGACCGUUAUGACAACUUUUUUGCUUUUUGUCUUGGAAAAUGCUAAUUUUUGCAUAAAUGUCUGGAAAACCCUUUAACAAGACUGCUGACAAAAGAUCAGAAUGAAGUUUUUUUAUUUAUGUUUGAAAACAGAUAUCUUAUAAUGGCUAAAAGGGUUACCAACACUUUCAGAUAAAAUGAUCUUUUUCGGCAGUUUCCCCAAACAUUUGAGAUCAGUUAUAAUGUAAGCUAUCUUAAAAGACUGAAUUGAAGGCAUUGAUGUCAAAAUCAAAUGAUUAUGAGACAAAAACUAAAACAAAUCUGUAAACCUGUGAGGGUGCAGCUUUAAGCUAUGACAAAAUAAAUGGAAGUCUCAUAAAAUGUAAAAUGAUCAACACAUAUUUACAUGAGAUUUGUAAAUAUUCAAAGUUUAGUUUAUAAUGCAUUUAUGUCUCAUGACAAAAGCAAUAGAGCUGGUGCAGAACUUAAUGAUAAAUAUACGUCAUAAUUUUACAUGCAUGUGUUGUUUUGAUAUUAAAGUUUACAAUGUAA